AGCAAGCUUCUGUGCUUCUCCCGUCCCCCUCGCAAGCUCCGACCGACAGACAUGAAGGGCAGCCCAACCCAUUGACGCGACUUGUACCGGUGCCGGAGAACACGCGCAAGAGGCUUUGACGGCAGAGCGGUAUCAUGUCCGAGUUCUACCCGACCUUGGCGCAGUGCGCCAUCGUCGCUGGCGCCUUCAAGAUCCUCCUGUUUCCUGCCUAGUAACUCAUCCCAGGCCCCUCCACCGCCUGCUCGCGACGCUGACAAUGCGAUAAAGCAAGUCCACCGACUUCGAGGUACAUCGAAACUGGCUCGCCAUUACAAAUACCCUCCCCGUGUCGGAGUGGUACUACGAGAAGACGUCAGAAUGGACUCUCGACUAUCCGCCCUUCUUCGCCUACUUCGAGUGGCUGCUAGCCCACGUGGCCAGGCUCUUCGAUCCAGCCAUGCUGCAUGUGUACAACCUGAACCAUGAGAGCUGGCAGACGGUAUACUUUCAACGGGCGAGCGUCCUCGUCACCGAGAUCGUUCUAGCCUAUGCCCUUCAGAUGUUCAUCGACACAACACCGUUGCACUCGAAGCGCGCCGCCCAAGUCGCCGCUCUGUCCAUCUUUCUGUCGCCGGGUCUUUUGAUAAUUGACCACAUUCACUUUCAGUACAAUGGCUUCAUGUACGGCAUCCUCGUGCUGUCGUUGGUCCUCGCUAGGUGCAGAUCGACGCUCCUGCAUAGCGGUCUCGUCUUCGCCGCGCUGUUGUGCUUCAAGCACAUCUACCUCUACCUCGCGCCCGCGUACUUUGUGUUUCUCCUGCGGACCUAUUGCCUGUCGUCUCGCUCGAUAUUCCGCAUCAAGCUGCUCAAUUGCAUCAAGCUGGGGGGUGGGAUCGCGCUCAUCUUCGGCGCUGCCUUUGGUCCCUUUGCGGCAAUGCGACAGGUUCCACAGCUUUUGAGCAGGCUGUUUCCCUUCUCGCGCGGCCUUUGCCAUGCGUACUGGGCACCGAACAUCUGGGCACUCUACUCCCUUGCAGACCGCGUUUUGAUACACCUUGCACCGAGGUUGGGCCUGGCCCUCAAGGAGGACGCGCUGCAAAGCGUUACGCGCGGCUUGGUUGGCGACACGACGUUUGCCGUGUUGCCAGAGAUUGUGCCGCGCAUGUGCUUUGCCCUGACGCUACUCUUCCAAGGGCUGCCUCUUAUCAAGCUAUUCGCACAACCGACAUGGGAGAACUUUAUAGGGGCCGUCACUCUUUGUGGCUACGCUUCCUUUCUUUUCGGCUGGCACGUCCACGAAAAGGCCAUCCUGCUGGUCAUCAUACCCUUUUCCCUCAUCGCAUUGCGUGACCGGCGACACCUCGGCGCAUUCCGCCCGUUGGCCGUGGCGGGGCAUGUGUCUCUAUUCCCACUGCUCUUUACUCCGGCAGAGUUCCCCAUUAAGACUAUCUACACCGUUUUCUGGCUGGUGUUAUUCCUAAUGGCAUUUGACCGUCUCGCCCCAGCGUCGAGCAAGCCGCGGUUCUUUCUCCUUGACCGGUUCAGCACGCUGUACAUUGCCGUGAGCAUUCCGCUGAUUGCGUACACGUCACUGUUUCACCAGAUAGUAUUUGGGAAGAGCUACGAGUUCCUGCCGCUCAUGUUCACGAGCUCAUAUGCGGCCGUGGGGGUGGUGGGCAGCUGGGUCGGAUACAUGGUGGUGUACUUUACUUCUUAGAGCGGAUGCCGCCGGGCACGGAAAACUAGAUAUUCCAGCGACACCCUGAUUUUUCAAUGCGACAAGAUUCAAC